UUUGAAUAUCUCUACAUCUCUUACUACAGUUACUUACCUGGAAUCUUCACACACACACACACAAUUUUAAAAACAGGAACGUGUUUACAUUCUUAUUGGGUUAUAAUUUCUAUUGGGUUUUAUCAUUUUUAUAGUUUUAGAAAGAGGUGUCCAGUUUCAUGUACAUGUAUGUGCUGAUUGUGAAUGUCUAUGGCAUGUCAAUCUUUUAAAAAAUGUCUAACUAAGAAGGAACUGAAUAAUCCUAAAAGUUGACUCUAAGUAGAUUAAGAGGAGGGAGCGUCAUCUUCAAGACUGCACCAAAUUGCAGUGACUCUUACAUUAGAGUUGGUGAAUACAUACUCAGGAAACAAGAAGUUUUUUGACUAACAUUUACCUGAUGCUUUUAUCCAAAGUGACUUGCAAUUAUGACUGAGUACAAUUUGAGCAAUUGAAGGUUAAGGGCCUUGCUCAGGCACCCAACAGUGAGGGGGUUUGAAUCAGCAACCUAUUGAUUAUAGAUCAAGUAUUUUCACCACUGAGCUGCUACAGCCCUUAAGUUUACUUCCAAACAGUUAUUGUCCUUGACCACACCUCUUACCAAGUACAUUUUACUUUUUAUAUAGUCUGAACCAAAGCAGUUUGCAUACUCAGCACAUUACGCAUCGCACACUUGAAAAUCAUAAUAAAAUAGUAAAAAAAUGCAGUGGCUACCUGGCUGAAGCUCUGAAGCAAUGGGAUCUUAACUUUGUAUUGGAGGUCUGCAGGUUAAAGUGAGUCCUGGGACUUCUGCCCUGUAAUAAUCAUAUAAUACCAAAAUGCCGCAGGCAUGCUUUAAUAUGGUAAGCCUUGUGUUUUCCACACUACAGGGCAGCUUUGAAAAAGAACAGCCAUUUUAGGGGCUUUCAACAGUCAAAAAGGUUUUAAAAUGUAUUAAAUUUAAGAGUUUGUUUCCAGCUAUUGAUUGCCUAAAUGUACUAUAUUGGAAAAUUCAUAUAUAUUAAUGCUGAGCAGAACGUUUUAAUUUUAGCUGAGGUUAAUGAAUGGUUGUUGGGAACCUAAGAGGAAAGGGCUGCCAGGGGCGAUCAAUCAGGUGGUUCUUUAAUGAGACUCCAACAAAAGGCAGGAAUGACUCUCUACUCGGACGAGAUGAUAAAUGUGAGGAAGGAAUGGGAGGAACAAAGCCCCGUCUGGCCGACUAUAGCGAGUCUGCGUCUCUGGCUGAGGUUACUGUGGACGGUAACAGAGCAGCGCGUCUAGGACGGAGAUGGUGCCAUAAUGCUCUGUAAUGUAAAGUAGUGCUCUGUAAUGUACAGUGGCUGCAUCACUGGGCAUCAAAAAGACGCCUUUUAAUGCAGUGUUGCCGUAGUCUAUAGCGCACUAGAAUACACUUUAAAAAACGCUACAAAGCAAUAUGUCAUUCUAGCACAACUGAGCAAACGUGUCAGAUCCAUUUAGGCUCCGCAAACAUGACCGAGCCCGGACCGUCGCGAAAACUGACGAGGGCAAAGCUUGUGCUGCUUGGACGAGACAACUGUGGAAAGACUGCUCUGUGUGUUAGAUUCAUCACCAAGCGUUUCAUUGGAGAGUAUGACCAUAAAAAGGAAGUUACCUACAGGUGCCGCAAAACAGUGGACAAAGAAACGAUUGACCUGGAGAUUUUAGACACUGUUAAUAAGGAGUGUGUGGGCCCUGCCGCAUCCUCUUUGGAGAGCUCGAUUAAGUGGGGUGAUGGCUUUCUCAUCGUGUACUCGGUGACAGACCACAGCAGCUUUGAGGCUGUUUCACGCCUGAAGAGACUCAUCGACCACGUCAAGCAAACGCUUGGAAUCCCCACAGUCAUUGUGGCAAAUAAAAGUGACAUGGAGAAUGGUCGUGUUGUCAGGACAGAAGAGGGGCAGGCAUUGGCCCAGGACCUGAGGUGUAGUUUUUUUGAGCUUUCUGUAGCAGAGAGUUUGUCAUCAGUAGAGGUCGCGUUUGAGCAGCUCAUUCGAGAGGUACGUUUGGAGUUUCAGCGCCAUCUGCUGGCCAUGGACAAACGUUCACGCAUGCUGCAGAUGCGCCAUGUGCUGAAGAACAAACUGACGCGCAGCAAAACCAUGCAGUGGUGACCAGAGACAGCGCCCACCUCAGCAUUCCUGACAUGCUGACUCUCGCUCUGGAUCAGUGGAUGAGAUUCCCCUGCCUCCUGCUCACUUUGUAAGGAUUGAGGACUUUUUUAUACUCUCACUGAAAAACAUCCUUGUAAUUUCCAGUGGAAUGCUGUAUUUUUAUAUGGUAGAACAGCCUCAGGGAGCACAGGUGAAUUAAUUUGUCCCUUCUAUGAUAGUGGCUUGAAAAGGUCAGAUACCCGGAGCUUUCAAAUAUUAACACCACCUUAUAAAUAUACAGAAGCAAAGAGGCAGUUCUGCCACUCUGGUUUAUAAAAUUUAAGGAAAGGUUACUCUCUUCACACUUGUAGAAAUCCUCCUACAUCAUGACUGGGUGAGAAAAUUAGCUUUGAAUCAUCUUAAACUGAUUGUCUUCGAGAACAGACAUGCAAUUUUAAGACACUAAACAUGAAAUUGAGGGGAAAAUAUUUAUGAUACGGUUAUGCUGUGGAUUAGUUUUUCUCAAUCCAGGUCUCGAGGCUCACCAGAUGGCCCACAUUUUAACUCCAUUUCUGCUCCCAGCACAUUUGAACCAAGACAAUGAGAGCCUGGUAGGGGGAUAAUGGAUGUUGGGUUAAAUAAACUGGGCUGUGCUAAGAAACACUGAUAUAAAUUCUAUUACAAUUAUGGAAUGCGUGCUUAAUCCAAAUAAAAGGCUGAAGUCUUAUAUCCUUGUUGGUCAUUAUGUUAUUACUGAUGUCAAUACAUUACCGUAAGUUGAAAACUGUAAGUUUUACUGCAAGUUUGUGACUACAGAAAACACUGAAACGGAACCAAACUGAGCCAAAACAAACCUAUAGGACAAUGCCUGACUUUACGAUUUUAAUUAGCAAAAAUGGUAAAAAUUAAUAAAUACAAAUUGAUCAAAUGCUCCUAAAAUGUCCACCCCCUUCAACAUGAAGAAAGACAUGUAACUGUGCAUUUAAAUAACUUACAGGAGGAGAACAGUAAGGUUAUGGGGGAAGCAAACAAAGCAACAUCAGGCAUCACCAAACAACAGAGACCAACAAAGAACAGAAAACAUACAAAGUAUAAAAAAGUGAAUAAACCCAAGCUGAUCACAUCAUCUUCAAAACCAUUAUGAAAAAUACUUGACUUUUUCCCUUAUUGUUUUUUUUAAACAAAAGAACUAUGUAAAACGCAUUACUAAACACUUUAUAAACUGUUUGGCACAUCAGAUGAGCCACUGCUAAUUUGAGAUAUGUUUGUGCAGUACUCUUUUGAUUGACUUCCUGUGUCCAUACAGAUGCUAGGCCUUUAAUUGCGUAAAUGUGUAAACUAGGGAAUGGUAAGUCGAAGAACAAUGGCUGAGCAUUAAAGCCAUGGAUGGAGACCUGAAUGUUUAGUACCAUCCAUGCAGCCUAAGGAGGUCUGAUCAGAUCAGAACACAGGGUCUUAGUGGAGGAGGUCUGAACAGAUUACCCAAUAAAUAUAUAUAUUUUAAACACAUGAGGGACCAUUAAAAUGACACAAACACUUAUCCUCUAGUGUAAAAAUAACACAGGUGCAGAGACCUUUCACACGUUUGAAAACUACAGAUUUAAAACAUCCAGACACAAAUGUUCAGUCCUUUCAGCGAAACAUGGCAUUUGAAGACCAAACGUGGAGCAUGAUGACUGCAGAUUU